AUGAAUCAAAAGGUGGCGCAUUUCAAUGGAUGUUAUAAACGAGUACAACAAGCACAUCACAGUGGUUGGUUUGAUGAACAAAUUCUUGAGAAUGCACAUCAAUUGUACAAAUCUGAAAAUAACAACUCAAAUUUUCUGCUUGUGGAUUGUUGGAGAUUGCUCAAGGAUGAGCCGAAAUGGAAUACAGUGUACCAACCAAAAGGUGGUAAAAGAACAAAGGUGUCAGAAUUAGGGACAUUUAUUUCUUCUUCCAAUGCAGAUAUCAGUGAUGAUGAAGUACGCGAAGUGUGCCCUACUGGCCAAAAGGCAGCAAAGAGAAAAGGGAAGGAAAAAAAAGACACACAUACUAGAUUUAUAGAGAUUAGUAAACGUAAAGCAUCUGCAUUGGAGAAAUUGGUGGCGAUAAAGGAGAAAGAGGCUGAAGAUAAUAGGAUGACAAAAUACAUAGAUUAUCUCAUCAUGGACACAUUGCAUAUGACUCUUGAACAAAAGAAAGAUCAUGAAAACUUGUGUACUUAUAUUAAGAAUAAUAUCAUGAAGUUGUAA